UUUGAAUGAAGUGAACUCUGGAGUUUGGACUUGGAGGCGAUCGAUCGGGAAAAAACGAGACUUGGGUCCAAAAAAACCCAGCCGUGACCGUAAUAAUGGGAGGUACCUGCCCCGUACCCGAACCUCCGCUGGCGGGCGGAAAGUACCUGGGAGUACCUGCACCGCCACAGGCCAACCAAGCCCACAAAGAGGCCAGUGAUAGGGAAAUGAAACUGAAACAAUCCGUUGAAUCCACCUCAAUGACGCUGUCUUUAUUUAGCCACCGGGCUUUAUCCCUCUUUGACUUGACUGCUAGCAGGCUCAAAGACGGGUGGUUUUGACGGUGGAAGAGCAGACUUCUGGUCUACUGCGUACUGAGCCACGGCGAGCACGUGGGCCUCGAGGGUAACAGAAGAGUACGACUCCGUAUUCUGUACCGUAG